AUGAACUUAGAAAGAAUGCAGUCCGCUGGAAUUGACCCGUCGACUGGGUUACCUAUGGAUUCUCGCGCAGUUACGUUUGAAUCCCUGAGGAACACCAAUAACAACAUACAACAGUCCAGCAGGCGGGGCGGUGAUAUACUGCGAAGGUCGGACAACUGGAAAAAGAAGUUCAUGGCGAUUGCAAAUCGGAUCGGUCUGUCGCCGCAGAAACUCGUGGCCGUGACAGUAGUAACGCUGGUGCUCUACUUCCUAUUACGGCAUACUGACUUAAUUUUCCCCGACUAUGUGGAUGACACUGGUAUCCUGAAUAAUACUGAGGAAUAA